GCUACGCGGCGGCGCAGCACAGGCCUCGUGCGGGAACGGCGUCCGGUCAGCCGCGGUGGCGUCCCGGUGCGGCCCUCAGGCGACUGGAGCCGCGGGCUCGGCGGAGGGAAGUACCAAAGCUGCUGAAAGAUGGCUGAAGAAGUGGUGGUGGUAGCUAAAUUUGAUUAUGCGGCCCAGCAAGAGCAAGAGCUGGAUAUCAAGAAGAAUGAGAGAUUAUGGCUUCUGGAUGACUCUAAAUCCUGGUGGCGAGUUCGAAAUUCCAUGAAUAAAACAGGUUUUGUCCCUUCUAACUAUGUGGAAAGAAAAAACAGUGCUCGGAAAGCAUCUAUUGUUAAAAACCUGAAGGACACCUUAGGCAUUGGAAAAGUGAAAAGAAAACCUAGCGUUCCAGACACUGCAUCUCCUGCUGAUGAUAGCUUUGUUGAUCCAGGAGAACGUCUCUAUGACCUCAACAUGCCUGCUUUUGUGAAAUUUAACUACAUGGCUGAGAGAGAGGAUGAAUUGUCAUUGAUAAAAGGGACCAAGGUGAUCGUCAUGGAGAAAUGCAGUGAUGGGUGGUGGCGUGGCAGCUACAAUGGACAAAUUGGAUGGUUUCCUUCAAACUAUGUAACUGAAGAAGGUGACAGUCCUUUGGGUGACCAUGUAGGUUCUCUGUCAGAGAAAUUAGCAGCAGUUGUCAAUAACCUAAAUACAGGCCAAGUAUUGCACGUCGUACAGGCUCUUUACCCAUUCAGCUCAUCCAAUGAUGAAGAACUCAAUUUUGAGAAAGGUGAUGUAAUGGAUGUUAUUGAAAAGCCGGAAAAUGACCCAGAGUGGUGGAAAUGCAGGAAAACCAAUGGUAUGGUUGGCCUGGUGCCCAAAAACUAUGUUACCAUUAUGCAGAAUAAUCCAUUAACUUCAGGUUUGGAACCAUCACCUCCACAGUGUGAUUAUAUUAGGCCUUCACUCACUGGGAAGUUUGCUGGCAAUCCUUGGUAUUAUGGCAAAGUUACCAGGCACCAAGCAGAAAUGGCAUUGAAUGAAAGGGGACAUGAAGGAGACUUCCUCAUUCGUGAUAGUGAAUCUUCGCCAAAUGACUUCUCGGUAUCACUAAAAGCACAAGGGAAAAACAAGCAUUUUAAAGUCCAGCUGAAAGAGACUGUUUACUGCAUUGGGCAGCGGAAAUUCAGCACCAUGGAGGAGCUUGUAGAACAUUACAAAAAAGCACCUAUCUUUACAAGUGAACAAGGAGAAAAAUUAUAUCUCGUCAAGCAUUUGUCUUGAUACUGCUCAUCAGCAGUGACUGCUACACAGCUUUAACUCGUCAUGUAACUGAAGACUGAGAAAGUGUCAGGCGAAUUAUACUUGCUUGGAAAGUGCUGUCUCUAACUGUAUGAGAAUUGAUUAUAAUACAUGAGUAUUUUUGUUAUAACAGCCCAUAUAUGCUACAUAUGCAGUGCAUCUAUAUAGAAGAAUUCUUUAUUCUUGGCUUUCUAUCUUACCGUCGUCAUUGCUAUUUUUCGCCUUCCUCCUAAUAGUUAAGGUUUUCUAGUCUGAAAAAGAAUAAUUCAGUUAAAAAAAUCUUUAUAUGGAAGAAUUCUUUUAUUGCUGUUUCUUUAUUUCCUUCUAAGGACAUCCUGUUCUUCCAUAGUUCCUCUUCUCAUAAAAUUAUAUCUAUAUGACAUAAGCUAAAGUACAUUUCUUGUAAAGUAUUAAUUUUUUCUGUGACUAAAUAGCAAUAAUAAACAGUAAAUUAGAAAUUAUUUUCAGAUAUUGUAUCUGUCACAAGCCAUUGUAAAUAUCAAGUAUGUUGUUUGUGCCUUCAUUUAAAAAUAUCCAUUUAUUGUAUUCAAAAGAAACUUGAUUUAGGUUAGAAAACAUAAUUUAUAGCUAUUUAAACAACAAUUUAAGAAUUUAGAGAGCAGUUUUUCCCCCUUCCCUUGAUUAUUCGAGUAAAGAAGUCUCUGACAGUUAGCUGUUGAAAUGGAAUGGAUGCUUCUAGAUCAUGCUCUAUUUAUGGCACUGUGAAGUAAGUCAUGGUCAAAUUUGUAGAAAACAGUAGACAAUGAGAUGUGUAAUUUUUUUCCUCUCUCAACAUCAGUAAUUCUUUUAGAAAAAGUUUUCAACUUUUCGCUUCCUUACCCCCUACCCAAUAUCUGAUUCGCUGGAAAAAAUAUAUAUUUUUUUAUACUGUUGCAUAUUGAACCUAAGGUUUCACAGACAUGAUAAGCAGAUGCCCUGACACUGAGUGAUUUUCCUAUCCCCUCCUUAUCUCUUAGUUUCCUUUCCUGGGUCUCUGAAAUGAUGUACUGUAGAGUAAAUGUGCUAUAGCUAGGUAAAGUGUAUUAUUUAAAAUUUGUAUCUGCCGUCUAAUACUUUGUGUAUAUGAAUGAAAGACUAAAGUAUUGACUCUUCUGUUGGUCACACUUUCCCUCCUCAUUCUGAAAAUUUAAAUUUAAGCAAAGUAACAAAGGCCUUUAAUACCACAUGAACACAAGAACAUUGCUGUUCUUUGCUGUUUUAAACACAUAACAUUCCAAAAUUAUAGAUGGUAAAGACUGUAAAAUUUCAUUUUUUUCAUUGUAGUAUAAAUUUAAUUUAAAUCUUAAAAUCACUUGGAGGCUGAUGUUGCCACUGGGUGGCAGCCCUGGCCUCUUCCACUAAGUACAGUCAACAUUUAAAGCUUUUUCAUUUAUGUUUGUCUUUGAGGGCUCUUUUGUUAAGGUAAAUGGUAAUAGAUUGGUUUAAUGUAAGUAAAGGCUAUAUAGGAUACCUUUGGGGCUGUAAAAUAUUAUGAUUAUUAAGAGAAACAGUUUAAAAGUGGUUUGCAGAAUGAGUAGGUAGUACACAUUUUUAACAUUUGAUGACACUUAUUUUUGCUUUCUCUUCGUGUGCCUCAGCCAUGCCACAAAACUGGACCUUUGUAAAAAGGAGCUUAUAAGACUUUUAUCAUGGACACAGCUGUUUCUGGAAACUUUCUAUCCCGCAGCUGAUACUUUGGGAAAGCAGCUUUGGAGUAGCUCUGAAGUGAAAUGCAUGUAUCCUGUUGUAGCUAGAGUUUGUAGAAAAUGGAGGUGCUCCAAUAGUAUCUGUACAUUCUAACUCUGAAACGAAAUUAACUGUAUGCUGUUUUACUUUGUACUUCAGCUUAAACCAUCUCUUCAACCAAAGGCUGUUUAUAUUAUAAGCGUGAAUUUUACUUGAAGCAAUUUCCUUAGGAAUUCAAACAAUCUUGGAAAAUAGUUACAAAGCUAGAUAGUAACAGACUUGUAUUAGGAACACCCGCAACCUAGUUCUGUGUGUGUCUUGACACACUACUCUCUGUGUGGGUCCUGGGGAAAUCAAUGUUUAGAAGUUUUCAUAUAUAUAUAUGAUUAGUUUCUAAAUUAAUAUACAUCACACCUCUAAUCCUGCCUGGUUCAUGUCUAUAAAAACUGUAAAAUCUUGGAAGAGGUGUUUUGUUCUUAGACAACUUUAUGAAUGUGCAAGUUUAGUGACAAAAAGAAAAGCUAUAUUUGGUCAUAAAUCUUAGGGUCACGAGUUGAAUAUUUUCAUAACAUGUAUUGCAUGCAAUCACUUCAUGCUAACACAAACACCUAAGACAUCAUUAAACAAAAUACAAAAUACCCAGCCCCGUAUUAUAUACCUAUAAUUUGGCUGCUGAAGAGGCUGUGGCAGGAGGAUCAUGAGGGGUCUCUGAGUACCUUCUCAAGACACUUUGGGAUGGCAGCAUUAGAGUAGUGCCAAAGUGGGGUGCAUGUAUCCUGUUUUAGCUAGAGUUCAUAGUAAAUGGAGGUGCUUCAGUAAUACCUGUGUAUAUGUGGGACUGUAUUUCUGUAGCAGAGCAUGAGUGAACCCUGGGUGCUAUCCCGAGGCCACCAAACAAAAAACGGAAACUGAGCAUAUUGCCAGAGUAACGUAGCAGUGACGAACUUAGGUUAUUAGGACAUGCUUAUAAAUACAUUGCAUGCAAAUUAUAUCCAGUUCUAAUGCACUGCCACAUAAUCUAGAGGUUGCAAAAAUAUAGCCUAUGAGAUGCCUUUAUGUGAAUUAGGAAAAGUCAUCAUCUCCUGAUGUGACCCUCCCCUUGUCAAAAACUGUAGAAUUUUACCCGUUGAUGGUGCCUUGUUCGUGGUGCAGCCAAAUACAGAAGUAUUGUUCAACUUGUGUAGUAUUCAACUUGACAACACUUAAAACAGGAGAUUUCAGAUAGUGUUGUAAUUUAUGGUUUCCCAUAAAAAUAAGCUGACAAUGUGAGUUGAAUUCCCAAGUAAACAGUCAGCUGGAACCUGAUGUGGAUGGUGAAAGAGAUUCAGAGUAACAAAGUCUUUCCCAACUCUUAACCCAUAAAGUGUAGCCAUGUUUAUUGUUUCUCCAUGUUUUUCCUGUUGUAUGGAGAAUUUUUGGCUUUGAAUAUGAAAUGGCCAUUUUUCAGAAACAGUUCUGGCAUCCAAAUCAGAGUGUAGAUUUGCUUUUCCAUUUUAAUACUUAACUACAAGACAAGAAACCUUUGUAUCUGUUUUAUAGGUCUUCACAACUGUGCUCACUCCUUGAGUUUUGUUCAACAUAAGACAGUAUCAUUUUCUAAGUCACAUCCAAUGGAUUUAAAAAACAAAUUGAUUCUUUAGCAAGGUAGAUAUAUAUGCUCAUUCUGUUGGUGUUCAGCCAGUUCUGCUGUAUUUAAAAUACAGCAGAGAGCAAAACAAGCAGCCCAAAUCCACACCUCAUGCCCUAACUUCUUGCUGUUACAUGUGCAUUUCUAGUUUACUUACAGGAGUAAACUAGACCUGAAAGUGUGUGUUUUGCCAAGACUUGUGGACUUGAAAUAGAAAAUGAACUGUGCUUGCUGAAGUUGUAGAGGAAGAGUUUGAUUAUCUUUGGCUAUAUACACAGAAGGGUUUUAAACCAAAUUAAGAGUCCCCUUCCCCGCUAGAACACUUGAUUUUACCAGUUUCAGAAUUGGCUUAAUGCCUCCAGUAGCUUAGCAGGAACAGGUUAGUUGAUCCAUUUAUCUUUGUAGUGCUGAUCAGUGCAACAGGUGCCUCAUGCAUGUUAGGAAAGUGCUCAACCAACUCUGAUUUUAAAUGUUUCUACUCAGGUUACAUAAGUUUACAGCACAAGGAAAGCUGCAUUCAUUGUUAGAAAUUUUUUUUGCUACCAAGGUUUUCUCUUCUCUUGUACCUCAUUGACAACCUAAAUGGGAAAACAAAAUAUAAGUAACAGUUUGAAGUAGUAUCUAAGACAUGUUGGGCAAAAGAUGUUUUCAACCAACUUUUGGGCUCAGAUACAUCUUAAUGAAUGUGCAGGUAUGUGACGCUGGAAAAUUGUCGAAACAAAAAGAUGGAUUCCAGGGGCUGGAGAGAUGGCUCAGAGGUUAAGAGCAUUAGCUGCUCUUCCAGAGGUCCUGAGUUCAAUUCCCUGCACCCACAUGGUGGCUCACAGCCAUCUGUAAUGAGAUCUGGUGCCCUCUUCUGGUGUACGAGCACACAUGCAGGCAGAUCAUUGUAUACAUAAUAAAUCUUAAUAUAUAUAUCUAAAAGAUGGAUUCCAGAAAAAGACUUAUGUUGUCUAAAUAUAGGCUAAACACAGUAAUAGUUGGGAUAAUUUUGAACACAGAAGAAACUAGUAACUCAUGAGUAAGCAUAGCUUGUCUAGAGCAAAUGAUGUCAAAUGUAUGCUUUCUAAACUGUAGAUAGAACAAAUUCUGAUUUCAUUGAGGUAUAAUUGGUUGGUUUCAAGAUGAAAAUUUUAGUUUUGAACUGUUGCUAUAGCUUGUUCUUGCAUGUCCCUCAAAGCAUGUAUUAAGUUCUUGUUUCCCAUCUGUAGCACUUUUGGAAAGUGGUGAAGAUUUAGGGAGAUGGGGCCUUCCUCUCUCUUCCUCUCAUCUUACCCUAAAACAAUUCUACUUUUUAAGUUGGUUCUUCGUUGCUCAGGCUUGAGGCUGUUCUCACCCAGAAAUGGAAUGAAAAAACAAAAACAAAGCUUUUCUGAAAUGUGUAUUCUAGGGACACAAUGUCUACAUAGAGAAGACAAGUGGAUGAAGCUGCAGCACAGGGUGGCAGAUGCUAACAGGGCAGACGAGGGUCUCUGGCAAAAUUGACAUAGAUGUGGGCUCCGCUUAAGUGACUGAAAAGCACCAGCCAGAAGUAUUAGACUGCCAUGUAGAUAUUUACUUGCAAAGCAUUGUUUCUGGUUUUUAAAAGUUUUAAAGUGGUAUUUGUUUUAUUUAAGUUUGGAGCUUUUAACUACAAGGGGCUGUUCAGAAUAAAACCCAAUUCUCCAUCUUAAUAAAAGUUACUGGGUAAUGUUUCCUAGAAACCGGGAAGAUGACAGUGUUAGAGAUUUCAAGGUUUUAAGAUGUUAAUUCCAAGAUAUUAAUUUCUUGAAGACCAUCAGUAGAUUGAAAUGACUGUGUUCAAAGAGAGGUUUUUUUGUUUUGUUUUGGGGGGGGUAUAUGUGUUUUACUUUUUAACUCUUAUUAUUUUGUUAAUGUGUAUAAGUAUUUGGCCUGCGUGUAUGUUAGUGCCCUUGGAGGGAGGCCCAGGGCAUCAGAUCCCUGAGGAUUGGAGAAGGUUGUAAGCCACCAUUCUGAGGCUGGAAAUUGAACCCAGAUCCUCUGGAAGAGCAGCUGAUGCUGUUACCCACCGAACCAUUUUGCUAGCCUCUCAGAGGAAGUUUACAAGGCAUGCAAGAGCUCUGAAAACUGGAGUUUGGAAGUGUAGACAUUACAGCUAGAGGAGACGCGUUGGAAACAGUCUAAAAGGAAUUCCACUGUUUAGGAAAAAGAAAUGAGAAUUAAAUGUCAGAUAUACUUAAACACAGGCAAAAUAUAUGGGGAUCUUGUAAUGCAAACAGUAAGGGAAUAUUACAAAGAGAGUAAAGUAAUUGACCAUUUGGCCUGUGCCUGGACUCUUUCACAGUCUGAAGAGUGAGCCUUAGAUUGGGGGUGGAAAGAAUGGCCACCAAAUUUUUCCUUCUACCUCGUUUCCUCUCCUUACCUUUUCAUAAAGUCCUGGUUUCCCCUAACAAAAUUAAAUAUCAAAGAUUUAAGAUUUUUAGACAACCCACUUAUCUAUCCACUCGACAGUUCUGCAGACCUGAAUGACCUUCCAAUUCUGCAGAAAAUUAAUCCCAGAAAUGCAUACAACAGAGCUGGGGAUUUAGAACAGUUACUAGAAUCAGAGUGGUGCCUCGUAUGCACAAACCUCUGGGUUUGAUUUCUAGCACCAUAUAAACCAUGCAUGUUGAUGUACACUAAUCCCAGCACUUCAGGGAUGGAGUCAAGAGGAUCAGGGAAUUAAAGAUUGUCCACAAAUUUGGCUACAUAGUGAAUUUGAGGCCAAUAUUGGCUCUUUGAGCCCUUGUGUCAACAACAAAAAACAACUACAACAUGCAACAGGAUAAAGGAUAGUUUGGUUUGAGUGUGUUGCAUAGACAAUCAACCGGCUGAUGAGAUAGAAUAGGAAGAGAGUUGACAAUAGAAGCAAGAACAGAGCCAGGAGUAUCAGGAGAAUUGAGCAAAUAAGACAUUGCUGUCAAGAAGUCCUCAUCUAGUGUAAUGGUUCAGGCAGAGCAGAUAUCUGGCUUUCUUACUGGUUGGUGACUGGAGCUUGAGAGAAAGUAAUUCAAGGCUAGGUUAGGCUGAUGGUAUUACUUCUUACUGCCCAUAGGUGUGUUUGAGUUUGGGACUGACUCCCUGUAGUUGCUUAUGAAAGAUAGGCAGAUGUCUGUCAGGGUGGUAAUGUUUGGCUGGCCAGUCUUGGUAUAGACUCAUGCCAAGCAGAACUAGGAAUUUUAUGACCCCGUUGCUUGGUGGCAGACUGCUCCGCAAGCCAGCUGUGUGAGAGUCUAACCUCUUGAUUGCAUUUUUUUCUACCUUUUCUUUUUUAUCUUCUUAUUCACUAAGUAUGCUCGAACUUUCUAUUUCAUGCUUUGCUUAAGUUGCUCUAUCUGGAUUGCUGAAUCAUGAGCUCAGUCUAACCCCUUCUAUUCUAACAAAGAUGGGUAUAUUCUUGGAAUUUCAUUUUGAGGCCCAUUUCCUGUGUAUUCUCUAAACCUUUGUUAAUUUCAUGGGUCACACCCCUUUUAGUCUUAACUGGGAAGCAGUUAAGUGAAGUUGGAUUUCGCCAUAUUUCUGCUGGAUUUCCUGUCCCCAUUCUUGAUUCCCACAACUAUUUCACAUUACUCUAUUUACUUUGUAGAUGAAAAAGUAACGUAAGGCUGAUGGAAUUGUUUUCCUUCUCUGCAUCAAAUGUUCAUUGCUUUUUCCAUUUAGUUUUCAGUCCACAAUGAUCUGGGUUCUGAUCCAAGGUUUCCGCAGGAACUCCUCUUGCUGGGAUUACAAAGACUUUCCAGUUAUUACAUCCAAGGGACAUUUUUCAACAAUUAACUCACUGGGGACUCUCUUUUGCACUCUGCCUCGACAUCAUGCUUCAUUGUUGUCAGAACUAUAAUUUGUACUGGCUCCGCUUCUCUGAGCUGCCUCCUUCCCCCAACCCCUAUUUUUCUAGUUCCUGGUAUGGAUAUAUGUCUGCACACCCUCCUUAAUGGACAUGUUCUUUGCACAAACUCACCCCGUAGGCGGGGGAAGGUUUCCGUUUCCUUGACGUUGAUUGGAGAGACUAUUUUCAUAGUGGGAGUUAGUGCUCCCGUAAGUGCUUCAAAUCAAAGGGCGUGAGGCUGAGCACAUGCAGCCUCUUUCUACAGACCUCUACCCCUGCCUGUCCUGACGCCACCCUACUCGGCUUCUUUCUGUUCUUUCCAUUGAGGUCUUGCUGUCCACACAGUUACCCAAACCAGAACUGGAAAGUCGUGUUUGGCUCCCUUCCCUGCCCCUCCCAAUCCAUCAGUCUGCAGGAGCUGCUAUUCUACCAAGCCCUGAAUCUGGAAGUUUUUGUUUCUUCCCACAGACAUGGGAAACCUAGCAUAGGCUGACAGUAUCUCUCACCUAGAUGCCUGCCAGAGUUCCCUCUAGUCUGCCCCUUCCUUGCUAUCUCAGAACGUUUUUACAGCUCAAAUGCAGAGAAUUCCACCAUCAGAUCGGAGCUUACACCCCUACCCUUAGUACUCACUGCUCUCAGGAUAAAAUGGAAGCCCCUCAGAAAACACCGAAAGCUUUCCAGACCAUGUCUCACCAGGUGCUCUCCAGCCUUGCUCGCUAUUGGUACAAAACUUAGGAUUUUUGUAAACAUGAUGUAGCUUCCCCGUUUUAGUACAAUACUCCAUGCCAGUCUCCUCAGGAAGCCUUCUAGGAUCCCAUAGGGUAGAUUGGGCGUUUCUCUUCAGUACUCCAGUAACCCAGUGGUUCUUUCACCAGAUUCUGUAUUGCACCUAUGGUUAUUUCUGUAUGCUUCUUCAUUACAGGAUAAGAACUGUUGAAUUUCCAGAUUUUGUACAUAGUAAAUUUCUAGUGAAUGUUUGUUGAAUGAAUCAAUGAAUGACUGUCCCAAAGUUUUCUUGCAAGUAAGUUAAGAAACUGGAACCAAAAAAAAUGUUCUAUUAAAAAAAAAAACAAACAACAAAC